GCGCGGCCGGCCGCAGGCUCGGGGCGCACCCGCGGGCAGCAGCCCGAGCACCGGGUCGUGCUCGGGGAGCUCUGGCAGAUAAGGAAGGAUGCGCUUCCCGGGGGCUGCGUACCCCAUCCCAGCUCUGCUUGUCCAUUUCCAUGAGGCGAAAUUCACGCCUGGGGAGCGAUAACCUUGAAGAUGGCUCAGCAGCAGGCGCUGCGCUUCCGCGGCCCCGCGCCCCCUCCCAGCGCGGUGCUGCGGGGCCCCCCGCCCCUCCUGCGGCCGCCCCCGCCCUUCGGGAUGAUGCGGGGCCCUCCUCCGCCCCCCCGGCCCCCCUUCGGCCGACCCCCCUUUGACCCCAGCAUGCCCCCGAUGCCGCCGCCGGGGGGGAUCCCCCCGCCCAUGGGGCCUCCGCACCUACAGAGACCACCAUUUAUGCCUCCUCCCAUGGGUAGCAUGCCACCACCUCCUGGUAUGAUGUUCCCUCCAGGAAUGCCGCCGGUCUCUGCGCCGGGAACACCAGCAAUGCCCCCAGCUGAGGAGAUCUGGGUAGAGAACAAAACUCCGGACGGGAAGGUCUAUUUCUACAACGCGCGCACGCGGGAGUCGGCGUGGACGAAGCCGGACGGGGUCAAGGUCAUCCAGCAGUCAGAGCUGACGCCCAUGCUGGCGGCCCAGGCCCAGGCCGUGGGGGCCUCCACCCCCACCACCAGCAGCCCUGCAUCUGCAGCAUCUCCAUCCACCUCCUCCAGCACGCAGUCCUCCACCACCUCCACCACCACCACGGCCACCUCCAUAUCCCAGACCAACUCCACACCUACCACACAAGACCAGACCCCGAGUUCGGGUGUUUCAGUUGCCACACCAUCAGUCAGUGUUUCAACCUCUGCUCCUUCUGCUACACCUGUGCAGACUGUACCCCAGCCAGUCCCACAGACAUUGCCUCCUGCAGUUCCUCAUGCAGUACCUCAACCAACUGCAGCAAUUCCUGCUUUUCCACCAGUAAUGGUACCUCCAUUUCGUGUCCCCCUUCCUGGCAUGCCUAUUCCACUUCCAGGUGUAGCAAUGAUGCAAAUAGUCAGCUGCCCGUAUGUAAAGACAGUCGCUACCACCAAGACCGGAGUGCUGCCGGGCAUGGCCCCCCCCAUCGUGCCCAUGAUCCACCCGCAGGUGGCCAUCGCCGCCUCCCCGGCCUCGCUGGCCGGAGCCGCCGUCUCCGAGUGGACAGAGUACAAAACAGCAGAUGGAAAGACCUACUACUACAACAACAGGACUCUGGAGUCCACGUGGGAAAAACCCCAAGAACUGAAGGAGAAAGAAAAAAUGGAGGAGAAGGUCAAAGAGCCAAUUAAAGAACCCUCAGAGGAGCCUUUACCAAUGGAGACAGAAGAAGAAGAGUCUAAAGAAGAACCUAUAAAAGAACUGAUAAAGGAGGAGCCAAAAGAGGAAGAAAUGACAGAGGAAGAGAAGGCAGCUCAGAAGGCCAAGCCAGUGGCCACCACCCCCAUUCCAGGCACCCCGUGGUGUGUGGUGUGGACUGGGGACGAGCGUGUGUUCUUCUACAACCCCACCACCCGGCUGUCCAUGUGGGACCGACCCGACGACCUCAUUGGAAGAGCUGAUGUGGACAAAAUUAUUCAAGAACCUCCUCACAAAAAGGGAAUGGAAGAAGGAAAAAAACUUAUUAGAGAAGAGCACGAAGCUGCAGAGGAAGCAAACGAAGAUGAGCCUAUUAAAAUAAAAAAGCGCAAGAAAGAUGAUCUCAAAGACAUUGAUUCUGAGAAGGAGGCUGCUAUGGAGGCUGAGAUUAAAGCUGCUCGAGAGAGAGCCAUCGUCCCACUGGAGGCUCGGAUGAAGCAGUUCAAGGACAUGCUGCUGGAAAGAGGGGUCUCUGCUUUUUCAACAUGGGAGAAAGAGCUGCACAAGAUUGUUUUUGAUCCUCGUUACUUGCUGCUCAACCCAAAAGAAAGGAAACAGGUGUUUGAUCAGUAUGUGAAAACCCGAGCAGAGGAAGAGCGCAAGGAGAAGAAAAAUAAAAUAAUGCAGGCCAAGGAGGAUUUCAAGAAAAUGAUGGAAGAAGCAAAGAUUAAUCCAAGAACUACUUUUAGUGAAUUUGCAGCCAAGCAUGCUAAAGACUCGAGGUUCAAGGCAAUUGAAAAGAUGAAAGAUCGAGAGGCCUUGUUUAAUGAGUUUAUCACAGCGGCAAGAAAGAAGGAGAAGGAAGACUCGAAGACCAGGGGAGAGAAGAUCAAAAUGGACUUCUUUGAGCUGCUGGCAAACCACCACCUGGAUAGUCAGUCUCGCUGGAGCAAAGUGAAGGACAAAGUGGAGACUGACCCACGGUACAAGGCGGUGGACAGCUCCUCACAGAGGGAGGACCUGUUCAAGCAGUACAUCGAGAAAAUAGCCAAGAAUUUAGAUUCUGAGAAGGAGAAGGAGCUGGAGCGGCAGGCGCGCAUCGAGGCGAGCCUGCGGGAGCGCGAGCGGGAGGUGCAGAAAGCGCGCUCGGAGCAGACCAAGGAGAUCGACCGCGAGCGGGAGCAGCACAAGCGGGAGGAGGCCAUCCAGAACUUCAAAGCACUGCUGUCAGACAUGGUGCGUUCUUCAGAUGUGUCCUGGUCUGACACCAGGAGGACUCUGCGCAAAGAUCACCGCUGGGAGUCGGGCUCCCUGCUCGAGAGAGAGGAGAAGGAGAAGCUCUUUAAUGAACACAUUGAGGCACUUACCAAAAAGAAGAGGGAACAUUUCAGGCAACUUCUGGAUGAAACUUCAGCGAUAACCUUAACAUCAACAUGGAAGGAAGUGAAAAAAAUCAUUAAAGAAGAUCCAAGGUGCAUUAAGUUCUCUUCGAGCGACAGGAAAAAGCAGAGGGAGUUUGAGGAAUACAUCCGAGACAAAUACAUCACUGCCAAAGCCGACUUCCGGACGCUGCUCAAAGAGACCAAAUUCAUCACCUACAGAUCCAAAAAGCUGAUCCAGGAGUCUGACCAGCACCUGAAGGACGUGGAGAAGAUCCUGCAGAACGACAAGCGGUACCUGGUGCUGGACUGCGUGCCCGAGGAGCGGCGCAAGCUCAUCGUGUCCUACGUGGACGACCUGGACCGGCGCGGGCCGCCCCCGCCGCCCACCGCCUCUGAGCCCACGCGGAGGACAACGAAAUAGCCACGGAAUGCUCCUCAUCCAAGGGUGUCUGGUAAAUCCAAACGCUUGCAUGAGCCAUCUGUCAGGUUACACACAUCCAUUGCCGUGAAUAUAUUCAAACAUCUGAGGAGCAGAGGCAGAAGCAGCAGUAGUGAACAUAAAAUGAUCUCUGGGGGGAAAACCAACAACAAAAACUCACAUUAAAGAUAUUUAUGAGUUAAUUGGAGUGUGAGUGACAAAUCCCAAGGUGUGGACUGUCUGGUCACUGUUUGGGUCUCAGGGUGGUGCGUGUGAGGUGUGGGUGGCUGCUACCUGGGGCUUUCCUCUCAGCAGUGUCCUACAUGUGAGCCCCAGGGGUGCUGGUGGCGUGGUUUGAGCGUGUCCUACACGUGUGCCACCAGCUGCCUCCCGGUGCCCGCGCUCCGGGCACGAGGAGGUGACACGCUCUGCUAGCUUACAUUACUGAUCAUUGACAGCCCACGCUGGGAACACCAGUCCCAGUUCUCUGCUUCCACCCUUGGGAAUAGAACUAAAUCUGUUAGAGCCAGGGUUAGAGCUGAGUGGAGAACAGGGCCUUGGAGACAAAACCAGGUUUAUUCACAGGCUGCUCUGUUCCUGCCCCCAGCCAUUGAUUUGCAGCAGUCAGGUUGCUCUGCCCAAGUGAAGUUCUGUCUAAUGAGUUUUGCUCAAAGCUGGAAAUCCCAGAGGUGAGCAGGCCAGGACGGUUGUAUAAACACAUUUUUAUUUACGAUAAAGUGAUCUUUACAUACUUCUGGAUUAGACUGUGCAUACCCCCCUCUGGGCAAUUCUUGUAAACUAUACUCCUGUUUUGAAUGUUAAACUUGUGUUUCUAAAGUUUAAUUUUGAAAUGUUGGGAUUGUUCAGUUUAUGUAUUUGAACUACAAUAAACCAACCCUUUUUAUAUAUGGAUUGUACAGGCCUAAUCCCGAUUUCUGUUGAAUUUUGUUGGACUUGUGAAUUUUUGAGUAAAGCAAAUGACUGAAGUGA